AUGAGGGUGCUGUUGUUGGGAGGUCUGGCCUUGUUGGCUUUGGCAGCGGCGCUGGAGCCCGAGUUGACGGUUCAGAAUGGCGAUCUGAUCUUGCAGGGCGAUCAGAUCCUGUUGCGCACCGCCAGUGACGAGUCGGGCGUGCUGGUGGACACUUUGAUCAACAAGGUUCAAUCGAUGGAGCAGGCGCUAACCGAACUCUCGCAGGCGCAGCAGUCUCUAGCUGCCAAAGAUGAGCUGCAGGCACUCAAUGAUACCGUGCAGGGUUUGGCCGAUGAGCUCGCUGACAGUCAUGCUGGCUUGAACAGCAGCUUUGCUUUGCAGUUGACCGCACUGGGCCUUGACUCUCGUGUCCAUGAUCUGGAAGCGACCAUACCAUCGAUCCACGCCAAUAUCUCCGAACUCGCUGCCGUUGCGCAGAUCAUGGCCAAUGAAUCGGCCAGACUGCAAGCCAACAUCUCUCUUGCGCUCGAUGGCUUGGCAGACCAGGACAGCAUCGCCGCAGCAGAGCGGACAGAGCUGCAGCAAGGUCUGGCUGCGCUGGAAGGUCUGGUGGAAGAUUUGGCAGCAAAGGUCGAUACUGUGGCUUUUGGUUCAAUCGGUGACUCCGCCGCGUUUCCGGCUGCCUCUUGCGAAGCCAUCUUGGCCGUGCAUCCUGACUCCGAGUCGGGAUACUAUUGGAUCCAGCCCAAGCUUGGCGUUGCGUACAACGUCUUCUGUCUCAUGGAUGUGGAGGAGGGUGGUUGGGUUCAGGUGCUGUCCAUGUAUGGUGAUACCUACGUCUCGCUGACCGAUACCAACCACAAGGUCCUUUGCAACGACACGUCACAGCCAUGCUUUGCCGGUGUGGCCACGGCCACACCAGACAUCAUGCCUAUGGCCACCUCAAUUCUCAUGACCGACAUGAACAAUGUGCCCUUUCUCUUUGCUGAGUUUGAGGUGAUGGGCGAGUAUUGGCGUCAUAUCCAGCCUUCGUCAUCGCUUUAUGAGGGGGUCAGAGUGCGCUAUCCCAAAGGCCCGAUGAGCUCCCUGGGCUGGCUGCCGAUUGAUACCAACACGUGCAUGCGUGCUGGAUGCAUACAACGGACGCUGAAGAUCGGCCUUUUUAUGGUGAUUACUGUCCUCCUGAUGAAGCCGCAAUCAGCACGCAGCUGUGACCAGAUCUACCAGCUCGUACCCAAUGCCGCCUCAGGCAUGUACUACAUUCAGCCCGCCAACACAGUCUAUCAGACUGGAGGCGCUAUGCAGCGUUUGAGGCAGAGUAGCCGCACGGUCUUGUGCAUGGAUGCUCAAGACUCUUGCUACACCGGCGCCUCUGUUGCCAUCCCAGAUGUCAUGCCAGCAGCAGAAUACAUUCUGUACACGGACGCCGAGUUUACACCGUUCUUGUUUGCCAAAUUUACUAUGGUGGGAGACUAUUGGGCCAAGCUUUUAACAAAUGCAGCGCAAUCGGUGUCUGUGGAGUAUCCCGUUGGUCCCAUGAACGUGCUUGGUGCAGUUGACAUUGAGUUGUCUGCCAACUUUGAAUGGGGUCACCGAAACCAGUUUGGUCCCGAACUUGGGACAUGCGAUAGAGUACAUACAUGCUGGGAGGACGCGGCCAAUGGCGACCGGCCCUUUGCGGGCGAUCAUUGUGGGUCUGCUGCGCUGGGUGCAACAGCCGCCAUAACGGCAGCGCCCUUUUCCCCCGCUUCCUCAACCAACCUGCACCAGAACUGCCGUUACAAUCUCAGCCGCAACACACCCAACCACAAUGCUCGCGCCUUUAGUGGCUCGGAACAACCCGAACCCAAGCUGACUCGCCAUUGCUUCCCCAUCUCUGCUGCCGCUGCCAUUGGCUUUCAGAUCUUUGGCAUGGCUGACAAGCGUCCCAAGAAGGGUUUGACGUCUGGAUCAACCAAGGGCAACUGGACCACAGAGGAGGACGAGCUGGUUGUGCGUUUGGUCAAGCAAUAUGGCGCGAAGAAGUGGUCUCAGAUUGCCCAGCACUUGCCCGGUCGUGUUGGCAAGCAAUGUCGCGAGCGUUGGCACAACCAUCUGAAUCCGGACAUCAACAAAGCCCCCUGGUCCACGUUUGAAGAUGAAACGCUCUUGCAGGCUCACCGAGACCUUGGCAAUAAAUGGGCCGAAAUUGCGAAACUCUUGCCAGGGCGCACGGACAACGCCAUUAAAAACCGCUGGAACUCCACUAUGCGGCGCCGCGAGACCAAGCGGCAUCAUUCUGCCCCACCGACAGGCAGUUUGCCCGAUACCCCGCUGACGCCGGGCCCUGACUAUGUUUCCUCGCCCUCGCCGGUUGCAAGCAAGUCUGGGGCUGCCUCCAAUCGAGCAUCUCCGGCCAAGCCAAAGGCCGCCACUGAUGAUGAAAGCGCUGCACUCAGCGCCAACGACGUGACACCCCGAACUAGCGGCAAACGAGCACAUGCCUCGCCCAUGACCAUCUCGGGUGCCAGCAUGGGCUCGCCGCCCCGCACACCCGCCACGCAAGCCGGCGUCUCCACACCAGCCACUGGUGCCUCUGGUCGCAGCUCCAGCGCUCUUCUCUCUCCCUACACACCUCACAAGUACUGCUACCAGCCCUUGCUGGAGGAGCCGCAAGACUUGAACGACUUUGGUGUGAGCCCACUGCAAACAACGCCGCGUAAACGUAUACACUAUGACCAAGAGCCUCCACACCUCGACGCCAACUCGGAUCGCACCCUCAAUGCCGACGAAGAUACUGCCGCCGCCAAUGCUUUACUCCAGGUGUCGCAAUCCAAGUUGAUCGACACCGAUGACGCGCAGGCAACCAUGCAUGAACAAUUGCGCGAGAGCACGGAUGAUUUCAAUCACAUCGUCUUCCCCAAUACACCAAAAGCCAAGGACCUCUUGAAGACGCCACAACAUUCAAAAGCCUCUCCUUCUCCCUCUCGGUUCCUCAACUUUUCUUCUCCGCGCCAGUCAAGUUCAAACCCGCGUGUCAAUCUGUACAGCCGCUUCCAGGACGCCGAGAACACCAAUGGAAAUGCCGCCAGCAGCACAUCCAACAAGCCCACCCUCAGCUCUCUGGCUUCGAAUCAACCAUCCCCUCGCAUCAAUGUCAAGAAAUGCCUCUAUUCUGCGAAUUCUGCGAAGCCUCGUCCCGUGGCCGUGGAUCCCUCCUCAGCGCCCAUCAGCUAUCCUAGCAUGAUGUCCUCGCCGCGCACCAGCAAUCGGCGCUUUGGCAACGUCUCUCCCUGGCGUUCUCCAUCACGUCUCUCCCCCUCGGACGCCCCGGCGUUUCAGCUUACCAUUGGGAUGUAUGGUUGCCUUUCUUCUGGAGGCAGCGCAGAGGUCAACGAAACGAUGGAGAAAUUGUUGAACAAAGGUCUGUGAGGUUCCAUGCCACAGGGCACGCAGUCGCGUGUCUUGCGUCGCUUCUCUUAUUUCCCUCACUCUCAACAGCAUGUUGUCUGAGCCGAGGUGUUGUUUUCACUUCUCUGUGUGAGCCUGGAUAAGAGGGUUGAUUGUUGACUGUUUUUUUGUUUUUUUUGGGCGUGCUUUUGUCUGGCUCUUUUUGACCAGUGUUUGGAUAUUCUU